UUUCUCGUGAAUAAGAAGCGCCAGGAGCGUUGCCGUUGUUGCUGUGAUCCUUGCAGUUCACAUUCAUCGCCACCCUCUUUUCCCCACUCUUUUUCUCUAUGAACUUUGAAACCCAUUUUCUAACUCUAUAAAUACUGAAAAGCCCCGCAGGAAACAGAACUGGAUAUUUUAUAGUGUGAGAAUAAAACGUUUGCAUGAUCAGGUUUCUAGGGUUAGUGAAAAAUGAGGUCAGGGGAAGAGUCUGAAACACCUUCUACACCAAAGCUUUCUCUAUAUUCAUUUCCGAGUAAGGCAAAAGAGCCAUCAGGGAUGCAAACAUCGCCGAUCCACACCUCAGUUUCGAUUCCGUUCCAGUGGGAGGAAGCGCCAGGGAAGCCUAGGCCCUGUCCCAGCACUGAUACUACCAGUACUCAAUCAAAGCCCAAAAGUGCAAGGUGCUUGGAACUGCCUCCGAGGUUGUUAGCUGAGGCUAAGGUUGCCAACAUGCCAUCUCCAACAACGGUCUUGGACGGACCUGACGCGGGUCGGUUUGUGUCUUACACGUUGUCGUUUAGAAAAGGAGGGUCUUUUAGGAUACCGGACAACAACAAGAGGGUGAAUAAGGACAAGGUUAUCUUUGGAUCGAGUAGGUGGGGGAGCUUUAGAAAGGCUGGACGAAUUGUUCAGGGAAGUUUUGACUUUUCAUCCACUCCCGUUGUUGAUGGUGGUGGCGGCGGCAGCAGCGGUGGCGGUACACAGGUGAACAUCACAAGGGUUAGGAGGAAAGGGAGCUUAUUAAGUCUUUCUCAAGCCCGGUCACAUGUAUUGGCAAGCAUUUAUGAGAGCUUUAAGCAAGUGGUCCCAUGGAGACGCGGGCAGGAGAAAAUAAAGAAAAAGGCGUCGUGAAUGCAUUGCCACCGACUGAUGUGUGACAUCAGUUACAAAUUUUGUAUAGGAAAAAAAAAUGAAAAUUUCAAGUUAUUUCGUUCGUCUCUUAUUAUGUAAUAAGGAAUACUUAGAGCCCUAAGCUUCACAAUAUGUGAUGGAUCUGAUGGUUUACUUGGCAUAAACCAUUGGGCAGUUAGGUUUCAUUUGUUCUUCAUAAAUGAGAUAGAAAUUUAAUCUCAACCAUCUGAUCAUAUAAUGUUGAUCAAGCCGGUCUGGUACAGAACCACUGUGGACAAAGUAGAUCUCUAAUGUUUUUGAUGUAUAUAGUAUAGAUAUACUUCUGAGAUUAAUUCUACCAUGUAUACUUAUCUAGAAA